AGAGACCGCGUUUGCGUUCCAGAUUGUCAAGCCGUAUGUAGCCCGCGAGCAAAGCCAGCUGUCGUGUUUGCGUUUGGAACGCUAACGCGGAGUGAAGCUUUUCAUCAACCCAAACACGAGUUAGCGUUUCUAGUCGACACCCAACUAAUGCAAAUACAAAUCCCAUGUCUCCAAAGUAAAUCAAAUAGUUGUGGUAUCAAAUUCGAUUUUGUAUGCAAAGAUUGAAUCUUUUUAUUAUGAAAAUUAAGUAAAAAAUCCGAAUUUCCCUUCGCCGAUUGCAUUUAGAUCGAAAUGACGAGAAAGAUUCUCAGAUGUUUAUAAUCUGAGAGGAGGGAACGCGGGACGAGAAAAUAAAAAAAAACAAAAAAAAAAAAACGGUGCGAAGGUGGGGGAGAUGAAGAGCCGGUGAAGAGAGAGAUGUUCUGUGCUUGUGAGCUUCCAUAGCUGGCUCUCGAAGGUUCAGGGUUUCAAAAUCAUUGCUGCAGAAAAUUUCCGGUGACCACAAUGAGUAGACCCACAACUCGAAACAAGAACAAAAGACAGAGACCAGAGGACGCCGUCGAUUCCUCUUCUCAAAUUCUCCGCAAAAUCCAUGAUGCAAACGAUGUAACUGAUGACGACAUUAAUCAGCUGUUCAUGAUAACAAAGCCAGUUUGUCAGGGUUGUCGUGUGAAUACCCGUGACAAUCCAAACUGCUUCUGUGGGUUGAUUCCCCCAGUCAAUGGAAGCCGCAAAUCGGGUUUGUGGCAGAAGACAGCCGACAUCAUACAGUCCUUUGGUCCUGACCCAUCCUUAGAUGGGCGUGCUUCUGAUUCCACGCCGGCUGGUCUGACCAAUCUUGGCGCAACAUGCUAUGCUAACAGCAUACUUCAAUGUCUGUACAUGAACACUGCUUUUCGGGAAGGGGUUUUCUCUGUUGAGUUUGAUGUCCUAAAACAGUAUCCAGUCUUGGAUCAACUCGCCCGUCUAUUUGCACAGUUGCAUAGUAGCAAGAUGGCUUUUGUUGAUUCUGCUGCUUUUGUGAAGACGUUGGAGUUAGAUAAUGGAGUUCAGCAAGAUAGCCAUGAGUUCUUGACAUUACUUCUUUCCUUGCUUGAGCGCUGCUUACGCCAUUCCGGAGUUUCCAAGUCAAGAACAAUUGUGCAAGAUCUCUUCCGUGGUAGUGUCUCGCAUGUGACAACGUGCUCAAAAUGUGGGAGGGAUUCUGAAGCUUCAUCACAGGUGGAUGAUUUUUAUGAGCUUGAGCUGAAUGUGAAGGGCUUCAAAAAUUUGGAUGAGAGUUUGAAUGAUUACCUUAGCUUAGAGGAGCUCAAUGGGGAUAAUCAAUAUUUUUGCGGAUGCUGUAAUGCUAGAGUAGAUGCCACACGUUGCAUUAAGCUUCGCACACUGCCUCCUGUUCUCACUUUCCAGCUCAAACGAUGUGUUUUCCUUCCUAAGACCACAGCAAAGAAGAAAAUUACUUCUUCAUUUUCCUUUCCUGAAGUACUGGAUAUGGGACAGAGGUUGUCUGAUUCUUCUAAAAAAGAGCUGAUAUACGACUUGUCUGCCGUGCUAAUCCACAAAGGGAGUGCAGUAAACAGUGGACAUUAUAUUGCUCACAUUAAGGAUGAGAAAACUGGUAAGUGGUGGGAAUUUGAUGAUGAACAAGUCUCAGAUCUUGGUCAACGACCAUUUAAAGAAGGCUCUUCGACUCAGCAUUUGGAGAAAAAUGGUGUUGCUGGUAGUGGGAGCACUAUGGAUAUGACUCAGUUAGGCUCGUCGGAAUGUAGCUCUACUAUUCAGUCUGAGGUUUUCUCAUCCAGUGAUGCUUAUAUGCUGAUGUAUAGUCUUAGAUGUGCUAAACAAGAAAAUCAGAAAGGGCAUACAGAGAUUCCUGCUGAUCUUGCUACAAGGGAAGUCGAAACAGUCAAUCAACUUGGAAGUGCUUAUCUUCCAUCUCAUCUUUAUGAAGAAAUCAAUAAUAUGAAUGCUUCAUACCUUGAGAGUUGCAAGCAAUUUGAUAUGAGAAAGGAAAGAGAAUUGAAUUCUCUCACUGAAAGGAGGCAAGAAACACGAAUGAUACUUUCAGAAGCCCCUGUACAGUCACUUGAAGAUCAGUUUUUCUGGAUCACCACAGACUGGCUUCGUCAAUGGGCUGAUAACAUAACGCCACCUGCUUUGGACAACACUCCUAUAUUGUGUUCCCAUGGGAAAGUUCUUCCAUCCAAAGUCAAUUCCAUGAAGCGAAUAUCUGCACUUGCCUGGGCCAAAUUAACAUCCAAGUACAAGGGUGGACCAGAGAUAGGGAAAGGUGACUACUGCAGGGACUGCCUUAUUGAUGGUGCUCGCAUGGUUGUCUUUGCUGACAGCUAUAGGGAUCGAAGAACAUUCAUGAAAGGCAUAGUCAGUGAUGUUCUUUCUGGAAAGUGUGAAGACGGAAAAUACUUUAUUUCCAGAGUUUGGUUGCAGCAGUGGGUGAAAAGGAAAAACCUUGAUGCUCCUACUGAAGCAGAUGCAGGGCCAACUAAUGCAAUCAGGUGCCAACAUGGACAGCUGAUGCCUGAGCAAGCAUCUGGGGCGAAAAGGAUUCUAGUUCCCGAGAAUCUUUGGUCAUUCCUUCUUGAAGAUGCAAUAAAAGUGAAACCUGAUGAUACAUCAGGAUGUUCUUGUUUCCCUUUGGACUCUGUUCAAUGCUGUCAUUGCAGUGAAGAGCUUUCUGAAGUUGCAUGCUUAGAGGAUUCACUAAGAACAUUAAAGAUUAAGCAGCGCCAAAAUCACGAGAAACUAGCCUUGGGAAAGGGCAUCCAAUUAACUCCUGGUAGCCGAUAUUUUGUGUUACCUUCUCGGUGGCUUGUGGAAUGGAGAAGCUAUGUUAACAUGAGUGGGAAAAAUAGUUCAUCAGUACCGGAACCUGAUUUCCUGAACAAGGUCAUGGAUACUCUCAAAUGCAAAAAGCACGCAAGACUCCAAGAAAGGCUCCCUGAAAUUGUCUGUAGACGUGGCUCGUUUUUUCAGAAAAGUCCUGCCACAGACAAGUUGACGAUUGUCCCCGAGCAUGAUUGGAGAUGUUUCUGUGAGGAGUGGGGAGGUAUCUUGGAGCAUGGAAUAUCUGCUGUUCUUGAGGUCGGUGACUGUGCGGAGAAUCCUUUUCUGUCCCAAGAUAUCACGGCUCGUGAGAAGCAGCUUUCUUCCUCCGAUGAUAAUAACGAGACUUCUGCUCAGCAACUUUUACUCAAGACAUCCCCAGAGAUCUGUGAGGAAUGCAUAGGAGAGAAAGAGAGCUGUGAGCUGAUGGAGAAACUUAGCUAUUCCGAGGGGGAUGUAUUUAUAUGUCUUGUGCAUGGAAAGGAAGCUCCAAAGGCGAUGCUAGAGGCAUCUGAUUCCAGUUUCGAGGCCAUGAAACGCACCUCAAAGAGAUCUCGGAGAACUAACUAUGGGAAUCUAAUAAAUCUGAAAGUUUCCGCUUCGACAUCCGUAUAUCAAUUAAAGAUGAUGAUCUGGGAAUCACUUGGGGUGGUAAAGGAAAACCAGAUUCUUCAUAAAGGCACACGGGUAAUUGACCAGGAAUCUGCAACGCUUGCGGAUAUGAACAUAUUCCCUGGAGACAGGCUUUGGGUGAAAGAUUCAGAGAUUCACGAGCCCCGUGAUAUUGCUGAUGAGCUGUGUGAUAAGAAAAUGGAGGUUGAAGAUCUGGAAGAAGGGUUCCGUGGAACGCUCUUAACUGCGGAUAUAUCUUCUGAGGCUAGCUAGAAGUUGUUAGUUUUUGUACAAAUAGACGACGGAGAGAAGCCAUUUGGACCAUUUAGGUGAAAAAAAGCUCGCUGUUGUCGGAAAAAAAACUGUCACGCCCUUGGAAUGUGUUUGUAUACGCCUUUCGGGUAUCGGAAAAGUAGAAAAUGGCCUGGGUUUUUGGGGUAUUUUGCGCGCAGGCAGGUCGGGAGCGAGCGCCGUUUUUCUUUUUUUUGUAAAGGCAAAGCUGCGAGCUUUGUGCAGGAUGACUGGCGGAUCUGUAAAAGCCGGACUUUUGUAAGCAAAAAGGCUUUGGGUUUACGGAUGGAGAAUGGAGCCGCCUGACGACCUUUUUCUUUUGAUUGGUAAAAUUCAUGGUUUCCUUUGGCGUCCAAGUCUGAUCCUUUUCGGGUUUCCUUACCGACCCCUCGAUGAAUACAUUUAUUUGUAUGGGUGUAACCUUUUUAGGCGUACUACUGGUCCAAUGUUUUUUUUUUUAAUUUGUUUAAAAAACGUGUUCAUGA